AUGUAUACCUGGAGUGAGAGCCUCAACUCUUGGGCUCGUGGAACGGGACUGCAAAUCGAUGCCCUCGGCCUUGUCACUCUCCUUGGAGCAGAGGAGAUGGAUCGCAGUAUCGGGCAACUCGUGCCAAGCCUAUACCUCAAAUACCUGCCGUUAUUAGGUGCUUUUGUGGUGGCUGGAAACCGAUUUACCACGAAGAAACCCGGAUUUGUUCUCUACAAUAUCUCAGCGGGAAUCAUGACUACCGAGCUUGCUGGCUGGUUUUCGCGAUGGCUCCAGACACAGGACUUCAAACAAGUCCGGAGUAUUGUCACAUGGAAGGUCAUGGAGCGGCCGCGCAGAUGGAAAGAGUUCAUCGUCGGCUUCCUGCUUGUUGGGUUGCCCGUGCACGGGAUGCUCAUCGCCGUGACUGUGUUAGGGGCGGAUUGGUGGGGAUUUGCCAAUGUGAUAGCCAUGUCCAUUUCGGUGGCAGUACGAUGUAUAAUGGUAGCACAAAACCAGGCCGGCAUCAAUGCGAACAUCCGGAAAGCACAAGGAGCAGCCGAAGCUUACCCAGCCAAGAGAGCCAAGUAUGACGAGUCAAUGAACAGACUCGAGAGACUUCGCCAGGAUGGACAGGCGAUGGAGGGAAUCAAAAUGCCCAUCGAGCCUCAAGACCCAUAUAAAAUUGCCAAGGUGCUUGUGUUGACCGAGGACUCGAAGGUCAUCACUCUUGCAGUCCCCGCGUAUCUGCCGAAACUCGCAUUUGCAGUCAAUCCCCAGCCACCAAACCCGCUGAUUGAGCCCUUCCAAAAGGGAGAAACACCCACAUUCAUUGAUCAUGCCAAAGCUGGAUUGAAAGCUCUAGCAGAAGACUCUCAUGGCUUGCUUGUGUUUUCUGGAGGGCCUACCAAGAAGCCUAGAACUGAGCUCAGUGAAGGUCAAUCUUACCUUCAUCUAGCGAGAGACAACGACUACUUCCAAGAUAUGCCUAACAUCUCCACAAUUGACCCAUCGAAAGUCAUUGCGGAAACAAACGCCACUGAUUCAUAUCAAAACCUAUUGUUCUCUCUAAUACAGUUCCGGGUAUACACAGGCGUUUAUCCACAGAGAGUCACAGUCGUGACGCACGAGUUCAAACGCGCUCGAUUCAUGCAGUGUCACUUUCCAGCUGUGGGCCUCGUGCCUAUUGGCCCAGAACAAGAAGACUAUACGCAAAAAGUUGCUGUGAUAGGUAUCAAUCCACCAGCGGAAGUUACUCCACCAGAGACCUUGACUCAAGGCGAGGCUAUGAAUGGGAUUGGCUUUGGAGAGAAGACCUUUACGGAGUCAAGCCUGAUUUGGUGGGAAAAAGGGCGAGACGAGGCUGGUCACCCGAAAGGGAAAACGAUGUGUUCUCCGAUCUGGGACUGGAAAAUGUGGUGUUGGAUUUAA